GGUGCGCUGGAUGGAUCGGCGUCUGCAGCACGCAGAACGACCAGAGACAAGGACCUUUUUCCUCCCAGUGUGGAUGGAUUGAUUGAUCUCUGGAACAUCGAAAGUGCGACUCGCUUCUUCGAAGAAGGAUAGAUUCCAACGGACAGCCGGAUAAUUUACCACCUCUGCAUUGAUUGAACAUUGAAUUUCCUUUCUGUAUCAACUUUUAUAGGGCGUUUCGUUUUGCUUUUGCCUAUCCUAAAAUAACGCGCUACAUCAUAUUUUCCCGACGUUUGUUUUACAGUAGACUUUCAGAUUGUAUUCCCUGUCCCGACAGAAUCGCAUUAGAUAUUUCCGCCCUGUUAUGUGAUAUCUGACCGGACGGAUGUUCGCCUCUGUAUCGGUGUGAUCGGCGAUGUGGUCAUGGCAGGUUUUGGAGCCCAGAAGUGUCCGAAGAGCGAUAAGUUGGACGAGGCGCAGGCACUGGCCCGCAGCUGCGCGGGGAGACCGGACUUCUUACCGUGCGAUGGGCUGUCAAUAUGCGCCACGCACAGCCACGGAAAGUGCUUCAAGUUGCACUGGUGCUGUCACUUGGGUUGGUGCCACUGUAAAUAUGUUUACCAGCCCAUGACCAGUGUGUGCCAGCUGCCGAGCACGGCGGUACCCUCUGACCCCUCUGAGUCCCCAGCCACCAUGAACCUGUCUGUCUCCCUCACCGAACGCUUCCUGAAGAUCGCCCCCUGCUUCCAGUCCCCGCCGUACCUUCGGUCGCCCAAAUACUGUGUCAUAGCAGACCUCUUCAUCGACGACUACAUCGUCAAACGCAUCAACGGGAAGAUGUGUUAUGUUCAACGUUCUCCUCCUCCCAUACCUGAUCCUCCUGCUCACCACCACCCCAGCCCUGUAGACAAGCACCACCACCCCAGCCCUGUAGACAAGCUGAAAGGCCCCAAGAUGGACCACUGCUCCUCUCCAUCCAGCUCCGAGGACUCUGGGAUCAACGCGUUAGGUCUGCACUACCUGGAAUCCUGUGAGUCAGAGUCAGAGGAUCAGAAUGAGGAGUUGAGCACCGAUGGAGAUGGGAAAUCUAGCCUCUGUAGUCUCUGGGACCAGGAUGAGACCUCUCUGCUGUCUCCCUCGAAGUCCAUGGUGGAGAUCAUCGAGAAGAUAGAGACCACUGUGUGACAGACAGAGACAGACACUUCACUGAGCACACCGGAGAGAUACAACUAUAUUCUACUAUAUAUAUGGAGCACACAGCCUCUCUGGGAGCAUUUGAAAAACAGCUCCAGAUUUCUUGAGUUGGAUUUAAGGGACCGACAGUCCACCUAGUGGAGUUUACUUUGUUGUGGUCCGAUAUACAGUUGGUAACACAUGAUAAUGACAUGAUAAUGAUAAUGACAUGAUAAUGCCCCUAUGUGUUUUCUCAGAGAAGGUCAAGGAUCCCAGGUUUGGAUGGUCUCUGGUUUUUCCACCCCACUCUAUAUCUCUCCAGUCUCCCUGCAUGGUUUGUUAGAUAGAUGGAGCUGUCUACUGUAGCAAAGUUUUGACUAGAAAUACACAGGAAAACAAUGUCCUUGAACACUCACAGCAGCUGACUGAAUAGACUUCUGUCUAGUCCAUCAACAGACAAUCACAGCCUUUAUUAGCCACUGAACAACCAACUACCAAGCCUUGCAUCAACAACUUCUGCCUGCUUCUAGAAAUAGAAUCACAGUGGAAUUUUUUCAGAUAGAACUUUGAAGUUGUUUGACAAUCAAGAAAGCACAUUCCUUCCUCUACCUGCUGUGAAGACCCACCUACUAAACUCCUGUCAGCCAAUGACAGAGUGGACAUACCAAAUCACAUGUUUACCAGAGCAAAGCAUGUCAACCUAAGAGGAAAGAGGACCAGUGAUUCCCACAGCUUCUAUGUACUUUAUUACCUUGAUGGGAAGCAGUGAAGGACCCGUGUUACUGGCUACUAUCCUCUUGAGGGGGUCAUUCACACCAGAGCAACCGCUCAGUAUAAAAGCACAGCACAUACUGUACUGUAUCCAUUAAUAAACAAUACUGUCCAGUACUAUCCAUUACCAUACUGUACUGUAUCCAUUAAUAAACAAUACUGUCCAGUACUAUCCAUUACCAUACUGUACUGUAUCCAUUAAUAAACAAUACUGUCCAGUACUAUCCAUUAAUAAACAAUACUGUCCAGUACUAUCCAUUACCAUACAGUACUAUCCAUUACCAUACUGUACUGUAUCCAUUAAUAAACAAUACUGUCCAGUGCUAUCAAUUACCAUACUGUACUGUAUCCAUUAAUAAACAAUACUGUCCAGUACUAUCCAUUACCAUACAGUACUGUCCAGUACUACCCAUUACCAUACAGUACUAUCCAUUAAUAAACAAUAAUGUCCAGUACUAUCCAUUACCAUACAGUACUAUACAGUACUAUACAUUACCAUACAGUACUAUACAUUACCAUACAGUACUAUACAGUACUAUACAUUACCAUACAGUACUAUACAUUACCAUACAGUACUAUCCAUUACCAUACAGUACUAUCCAUUAAUAAACAAUAAUGUCCAGUACUAUCCAUUACCAUACAGUACUAUACAUUACCAUACAGUACUAUCCAUUACCAUACAGUACUAUCCAUUACCAUACAGUACUACUCAUUACCAUACAGUACUGUUCAGUACUAUCCGUUACCAGACAGUACUGUUCAAUACUAUCCAUUACCAUACAGUACUACUCAUUACCAUACAGUACUGUUCAGUACUAUCCGUUACCAUACAGUACUGUUCAGUACUAUCCCUUACCAUACAGUACUGUUCAGUACUACUCAUUAAUAUACAGUGCUGUUCAGUACUAUCUAAUACCAUACAGUACUGUUCAGUACUACCCAUACCAUACAGUACUGUUCAGUACUAUCUAAUACCAUACAGUACUGUUCAAUACUAUCCCUUACCAUACAGUACUGUUCAGUACUACCCAUACCAUACAGUACUGUUCAGUACUACCCAUACCAUACAGUGCUGUUCAGUACUAUCUAAUAGCAUACAGUACUGUUCAAUACUACUCAUUAAUAUACAGUGCUGUUCAGUACUAUCUAAUACCAUACAGUACUGUUCAGUACUACCCAUACCAUACAGUACUGUUCAAUACUAUCCCUUACCAUACAGUACUGUUCAGUACUACUCAUUAAUAUACAGUGCUGUUCAGUACUAUCUAAUACCAUACAGUACUGUUCAGUACUACCCAUACCAUACAGUACUGUUCAGUACUAUCUAAUACCAUACAGUACUGUUCAAUACUAUCCCUUACCAUACAGUACUGUUCAAUACUACUCAUUAAUAUACAGUGCUGUUCAGUACUAUCUAAUACCAUACAGUACUGUUCAAUACUAUCCCUUACCAUACAGUACUGUUCAGUACUAUCUAAUACCAUACAGUACUGUUCAAUACUAUCCCUUACCAUACAGUGCUGUUCAGUACUAUCCCUUACCAUACAGUACUGUUCAGUACUACCCAUACCAUACAGUACUGUUCAGUACUAUCUAAUACCAUACAGUACUGUUCAGUACUAUCUAAUACCAUACAGUACUGUUCAAUACUAUCCCUUACCAUACAGUGCUGUUCAGUACUAUCUAAUACCAUACAGUACUGUUCAGUACUAUCUAAUAGCAUACAGUACUGUUCAGUACUACUCAUUAGAAUGGACUGUUGGUUUGGAAUGUCAUAGCCUCUGUGUUCUAGAAUGGACUGUUGGUUUGGAGUGUCAUAGCCUCUGUGUUCUAGAAUGGACUGUUGGUUUGGAGUGUCAUAGCCUCUGUGUUCUAGAAUGGACUGUUGGUUUGGAGAGUCAUGGCCUCUGUGUUCUAGAAUGGACUGUUGGUUUGGAAUGUCAUAGCCUCUGUUCUAGAAUAGACUGUUGGUUUGGAGUGUCAUAGCCUCUGUGUUCUAGAAUGGACUGUUGGUUUGGAGUGUCAUAGCCUCUGUUCUAGAAUAGACUGUUGGUUUGGAGUGUCAUAGCCUCUGUGUUCUAGAAUGGACUGUUGGUUUGGAGUGUCAUAGCCUCUGUUCUAGAAUAGACUGUUGGUUUGGAGUGUCAUAGCCUCUGUGUUCUAGAAUGGACUGUUGGUUUGGGAUGUCAUAGCCUCUGUGUUCUAGAAUGGACUGUUGGUUUGGAAUGUCACAGCCUCUGUGUUCUAGAAUAGACUGUUGGUUUGGAGUGUCAUAGCCUCUGUGUUCUAGAAUGGACUGUUGGUUUGGAGUGUCAUAGCCUCUGUUCUAGAAUAGACUGUUGGUUUGGAGUGUCAUAGCCUCUGUGUUCUAGAAUGGACUGUUGGUUUGGAGUGUCAUAGCCUCUGUUCUAGAAUAGACUGUUGGUUUGGAGUGUCAUAGCCUCUGUGUUCUAGAAUGGACUGUUGGUUUGGGAUGUCAUAGCCUCUGUGUUCUAGAAUGGACUGUUGGUUUGGAAUGUCAUAGCCUCUGUGUUCUAGAAUAGACUGUUGGUUUGGAGUGUCAUAGCCUCUGUGUUCUAGAAUGGACUGUUGGUUUGGAAUGUCACAGCCUCUGUGUUCUAGAAUAGACUGUUGGUUUGGAGUGUCAUAGCCUCUGUGUUCUAGAAUGGACUGUUGGUUUGAAGUGUCAUAGCCUCUGUUCUAGAAUAGACUGUGUUCUCAUCUCAGUCCUGUAGCCUCACAAAGUCACACAGGGCUAUAGAAUUAGAUCAAUUGUCCUCAGCUGUUCCCUUUUUUAAAACAGGGAAGGGCUGAGGACAUGUUGUCACUGUGUCGUGUUUUCCAUCUUCAGAGGCAAAGCAGCAGAGUGCUGUAGUUAGGUCCACAUCACAUCAUCACCUCUCAACAAUAUGAUGCAGUUAUACCGCCUUUCUUAUUACGUUCCUGUUCUUAUUCUCUUGUUUUCAUACAAAUAAACAGCAAAUAAAUUGAA